UAAGAAAUCUAUGGAAAGUAAUUUGUCAUAUCAUGAAUACGAUUCUAUAUUAAUCGUAGCCCAACUUAAGGAUUCAGAGCAAUUGGUCGGUGGGUUUAAUCCGACGAGUUUUAAAGAAUGUAACCCAUACAAAGAUACACAAAAUAGUUUUGUAUUUUAUUACACGAACAAAGAUGACUCAAAGACUGCGAGAGUUAGUUACGUCGAACAAAAAGAAUACGCUAUAUAUUAUAAUGAAGAGGAGCCCGGAUUUGGACGGGGUCCCGAUCUAUUGUGCAAAAAUAGUGGUGUAUGGACGAGUAACCCCGAAUCGUAUCCUUCAAUCGGCAUUCCAAAAAGGUUUGAAAUUCAAUCUUAUGAAAUUUUUACGGUUUACGUUUAA